UACGUUUUGUCUGUAAUUACAACACAGAUACUAUUAAUAAUUGUUACUGUUGACAGAAAAUAAUAUAUUAUUUAUUUAUUUUUAAAUAAUUAUAAUAAUUCGCGCCGAAUAAUUAAUAAAUUGUAAAUAAAAAUAUAAUAAAUUUGAAAAAUGGGAAAAUCUAAAACUGGAAAAACAGCAGCAGCGUUUGCAUUAGUGGGAUUUAUAUUUAUAAUUAUUGCUUUCACCACACCCUACUGGUUACAAACUGAUGGAAAAUUAAAAAAUCCAAAAUUCCAUAGUCUAGGACUAUGGCAAGUUUGUUUCAAAAAUUUCGAAGAUACAUAUCAUCUGUAUGACACUAAAUUUUCCGGAUGCUGGUGGGUGUUUGAAGAAGAGUACUACAUCAUUCACAAAAUCCUACUUCCUGGAUUUUUCGUAACCACCCAGUUCUUUUUCACGCUCUCCUUCACAUUAAUGUUAGUCGGUUCAUUUUUGGCAGCUCUCUACAUGUGUUGCUCGCGACAGCACAACAAAUAUCUCCAUCUACUCUGGGCAAUGGGUACCAAUCUCAGUUUAUCAGGUUUCUGUGGCAUAAUAGCCGUCAUUGUCUUUGGAAUGUAUGGAGAUGGGAGAGAUUGGAUGCCCAACUGGGAGCACAAUGACAUCGGCUGGUCUUUUGCACUAGGAGUAGUAGGAAGUUUUGCUAAUUUAGCUGCUGGCAUUUUGUUCCUCAUUGAGGGAAGACGACACAGGAAGCGAACUGAAAAAAUUUUAAUCGACGAACCGAGAGCACAUCACACAAAUAUUUAAUAAGAUAAUUAUUGCUGAUUUGUUUUUAAUCAGCGGUAUAAGAUAUUUAUAGCAAUAAUAAUAAUAAUAUUAAGGAAUUUAAAGUCAGUCUGACACGUCAACUUUUCAUGAAUAAGACUGACUUAUGACUAAUAUUAAUCCGUCCAUUACGUCUUCUAUUAUUAAAUAUAGAUAAUUAUUAUCAAUCUAAUUGUAUAUAUUAUAAAAAAUAAUCAAGUUUUAUCUUUUGUCUAUUUUUUACAUAUUUAUAAGAUUAAAUGCACACUCAUUAUAUUUUAAUUGUUAAUUGAAAAAUGUUAUCGCAAAUAUUUCUUUUAAUUGUGCCCGUGUAAAAAAGAUUCGUUCCAAAAAAGUUUGAUAUGUGGAACUUUUGAACUUGAGACAGAUUAGAACUUUUUUAGAACUUUUGUAAUUUUGAUAGUGAAAAAAAUGUUUAUCUGGAAUUUGAAUGCAAUAAAAAUUAUAUGCAUAUGAAUUUAUAUGUUGGCAUAUCAAUUAAACAACCAAAUUUUAAAAAAUAUACAACUUUUAUUUACAUUGCGACUUAUGUAAUUAUUUUUUAAAA